AGUAUCUCGUAAUUCACGAUACAAACCUCGUGUUAGCGGUUAGAAGAAAUUACGUACUUGAAAUAUAGGUUAGCGUGUAUAUUUUAAACAUUGAUAAAGGAUAUUGCAACAAUUUCUGAAUUCAGUACGCUAAUGUAAAUUUAUAUCGUUAAAAUCAUGGCGGUACGUGUGCAAUUCGAAAAUAAUAAUGAAGUUGGAGUUUUCUCCAAGUUGACAAAUUCUUAUUGCCUUGUAGCAAUUGGUGGUUCCGAGAAUUUUUACAGUGUGUUUGAGGCAGAAUUAGCUGAAACUAUUCCUGUGAUACACGCGUCAGUUGCAGGAUGUCGUAUAAUUGGACGAUUAUGCGUUGGUAAGAAUAAAAAUGGAUUGUUGGUUCCAAAUACGACGACAGACACAGAAUUACAGCAUAUACGAAAUUCACUGCCAGAUAAGGUUAAAGUACAAAGAGUAGAAGAAAGAUUAUCUGCCUUGGGCAAUGUUAUUGCCUGCAAUGAUUAUGUGGCUUUAGUACAUCCUGAUCUUGAUAGAGAAACGGAAGAAAUUUUAGCAGAUACAUUGAAUGUAGAAGUAUUUAGACAAACUGUAGCAAGCAAUGUUUUAGUAGGAUCAUAUUCUGUAUUAUCAAAUCAAGGUGGAUUAGUUCAUCCAAAAACAUCCAUACAAGAUCAAGAUGAAUUGUCAUCUUUGUUACAAGUGCCACUUGCUGCAGGUACAGUAAAUAGAGGCAGUGAUGUUAUAGCUGCAGGAAUGGUUGUAAAUGACUGGGUGUCUUUUUGUGGUAUGGAUACAACUUCAACAGAACUUUCAGUUAUUGAAAGUGUUUUUAAACUUAAUGAAGCUGCACCAGCUGCCAUUACAUCAACUAUGCGUGCAUCACUUAUAGAAAGGUAA